UGUCUAGAUUUAAAAAAUGAAAAAUCUGUACCUUUUUCUUUUCAUUAUUGAAUGUGGCUGCAACAUUUUGGCAUUACAGAAUUCAUCAGUCUCUCUGACUGUUGAAGGAGGAGUGAGUCUGGUUGGUGAACACUGUCCUGGAACUGUCAGACUGUUCUGUGAAGGAGUGAACCUUGUCCAGCUUCGAUGGAUAUACAACGGGAAUAAUUUUAUUUGUAGUUUUGUAUCUGAUUCAGAUAUAUCUUCUACACCUAUCCAGUUAUCAUCCUACCCUGCAUUUCUGUCUGUGCAGCUCACAAAUGUUUCUUCUCAGUUUUUAGCUCGAGGGCAGACACAUUUUUCUUCAGUCCUAACAGUAGAUGUGGAGCAACUGCAGACACAAGGGAUUAUUGACAUCUCAUGCGGAGAUGUUAUCACCUUUGAGACUAUACAAGUGGACCCUAUAAUUACCCAAGAAACAACUCCUGACAAUCCUAAAGUAUCUUCGAUCAGUGCUUGCUACCAUUCUGGUCUACUAAACAGCUUGCAAAUAUCAUGGAUCAAACUGCAACCUGCUUGUCCUGAACACAUGCUAGAAUCAAUAGUAUAUAUAGUUGGCUUAACAGGAUCUCAAUCCAUUCAAGUCAAUUACAGCACAUGUGGGAGUCUGUUUUGCAUAGGAAUCUUUGAAAACAUUGCACGUAAUAUUGAGGAUCGUGAACACAACUUAACGCUCGUGCUCACAAAUACACAUCCAUCAGGUGAUUCACAAAUCAUAGAUUCGUACAAAACAGUGAAAUAUAUAGCUCGUAACAGUGACUACUACUUCUCUAUUACACAUACAUACGAUGGUUGCAAAUUGAGAGGAUUUUGUACAUCACCACUGAGCGCAUCAACAAUCGCCUUUUGUUCCGUUGUUUAUCUAAACAGUUUAUACGAAAUUUUACUUCGGAUAAAUGCUAGUCUUGAUGAGCAAUACACCUUAACAUCAACAAAUAUUAAUUUUUACGAAGCCUGGGUAGAAAUCAAUGAUUCAGAAGUUGAUCAAGUUAGUAAUAGGAGAAAUUUCACUAUUGAACCUAGUUAUCCCGAGAUUUUGAGUGUUGUUGUCUUGUACUCAAACAGAGGAGAGUUGAAAGUAAUUCAAGUUGAUUGGGUUAACGUUGCCUCUGUGUGUGGUUACAGCCCAAUACAAUAUGAUCUGAGUAUCAGAUACAAUGAGAUGGAAAUACUAUUGACAGCUGAAAUCCAAUCAAAUGAGUGCAUGUCAGCAAUAUGCACUGCAAAGAUUGUUAUUGCUACAGAAUUCUUAACUACCAGUCUCAGGAUUUUCCUAACAGCAACUAACAGUGGAGGCACAAGUACACAUGAAUUCAUCAGUCCUAUUCAUCAAUUCAGUGCACUGUACUAUCGACCCAGUAUUAAGUUUCUAAACUGUGCAGCUUUGCAAAUUAACUGCUUUAGCUCAAUAAGAGUACGAAAUGAUACACACUGUGUAAGCAACUACUAUGGAGGAGAUCCAUUGUACCAGCAAAUUCAGUCAACUCAGGACCUCAUUUCUAAUAAUGUUUUAACAUUGCAAGAGACCACCACAUCACACUAUUUCCUUCUGAAAUGGAACGUUAGUGACACACUGCAGUUGCAAGAAGAAUUCGUGUACAACACCCGUCAUAUAUGCUCACAAGGAAUGGACGAAUUUGUUACUACAACUAUGAAUGGAAUUGUCUUUAGUAAAGAAAUAAUUAUUGGUAUUUCAAUUGGGUUAACAAGCUUGGUCUGUCUUUUGUUGACAGCCAUAAUUGUGGUUAUUGCUGUGGUACUUAAACGACAGAAGAUAAGUGGAAACAAGACAAUCAGCAACGAUACUGGUAUCUCCAUGGUGAUCAAUAAUUCAGAGAGGAGUCCGAGCCCUGUGUAUGAAGAGAUUGACGAGUUACGUUUCAAACAAAUCGAAGUGAAUAGAAAUGAAGCAUAUGCACGCUAUACUCAAGAGGCUGUGUACUACAAUACUCGCUCCUAAUUUAAUUAGUGUAGUAACAGUAAACAAUCAACUUAUAACUCUCACUAACUUUCGAUGCUAUUAUAAUCAAAUUAUAUUGACUGUGUGGAUCCAGUUUACACAACAUUAUUUAGUCCCAAAUUAUCUGUGCUAUAGCCCUCUGAUUGUUUCCACAAACAGCUACAUUUAACACCAUGCAUAGUUCAGCAUUGUAUAUA